AGUCGACUACUUUUUUCCUUGCGUUGCCGCGUCGAGUUUUUUGAGCACUGGACAAGAUUUCUGCUACGACUUAUCUUCUUGGCGAGGAACUUGGUUCGCGUUUUCCUUACGGAGCAGAAAGAAUGCUCAAUUUGAUCUUGCCCCCUGCACUUCACCAUCAAGCAAGCAGCAACUGAGAUUUGCGGUGAAGCAGAAUCCCACCUCGCGCCCUGAUUCUGCUCCAGUGGGGCGGGAUUCAGCAGCAAGGCAUCAUGGACGGGGCCGGGAUCAUGGCGAGCGCCGCGACGGGGGCGAUGGGCUCCCUGCUCGCCAAGCUCGCCGCCCUGCUGGGGGAGGACUGCUACCGGAUGCAGAGGGGCACGCGCCGGGAGGUCGCCUUCCUGCGGGACGAGCUGAGCAGCAUGAACGCGCUCCUCGAGAGGCUGGCCGACGCCGAGGCGGACGCGCCGCUCGACCCGCAGACCAGGGAGUGGAGGGGCCAGGUCAGGGAGAUGAGCUACGACAUCGAGGACUGCGUCGACGACUACAUGGACCAGCUUCGCGGCCGCGGGCCGGACCUGUCCCUGUCCGGCGGCGGCGUCCUGGGGUUCGUCCUCGGCUACGUGCAGGCGGUGCGGGAGAUGGUGUCUCGCCGUGGGAUCGCGGAGCAGAUCCAGGACCUCAAGGCUCGUGUCGUGGAGGCCGGACACCGGCGGAAGCGGUACAAGAUCGAUGCGGCGGUUAGCUCUACUCGUGUGGUGCAGGUUGAUCGCCGGCUGCCGGCGCUCUAUGCGGAGCUGGGUGGGCUUGUCGGUGUCAGUGGUCCGAGGGAGGAGCUCAUCAGGUUGCUCGACGAUGGGGGUCAGAGGAUGAAGGUGGUGUCAGUAGUGGGGGCUGGAGGAUUGGGCAAGACUACUCUUGCUAAUCAGGUGUACCGAAGCAUCGGGGAUCGAUUCGAUUGCAAAUCUUUAGUGUCCUUGUCGCAAAAUCCCGACAUUGGGAUGAUCUUUCGAACUAUGCUCUCUCAACUCAAAAAGGAUGAAUGUGGUGAACUCACUGGGUCAGGUGAAAAGGAGCAGCUCAUCAAUGAAUUGAGGGAUUUCCUACAGGACAAGAGGUAUUUAAUCGUAGUUGACGAUAUAUGGAGUACCCAAGCCUGGAAGAUUAUCAAAUGUGCUUUCCCUGAGAAUACUCAUGGUAGUAGAAUCAUUGUGACAACCAGAAUUGGCACUGUUGCCAAAUCAUGCUCCUCCCCUGACUAUGAUCUUGUGUAUGAAUUGAGGGCACUAAGUGAGGAUGACUCUAAGAUGUUAUUCUUUAGAAGGAUCUUUGGCUCUGAAGAUGAAUGCCCUCAUCAACUGAAAGAAGUUUCAGUUGAGAUUGUAAGGAAAUGUGGUGGUUUACCUUUGGCAAUCAUUACUAUGGCUAGUUUAUUGACUACUAAGUCUGACACAAGAGAAGAGUGGAUGAAGGUUUGUAGUUCGAUUGGUUCUGGACUCGAGAAAAACUCCGAUGUGGAGGAAAUGAACAUGAUACUAUCGUUGAGUUAUAAUGAUCUUCCUCAUCAUUUAAGAACCUGCUUAUUGUAUAUGAGUAUGUUUCCUGAAGAUCAUGAGAUCAGGCGGGAUUAUUUGGUAAGAAGGUGGAUAGCAGAAGGGUUCAUCAAGGCUUUUGGAGGCAGAAAUUUAGAGGAGGAAGGGGAAUGCUAUUUUAAUGAACUUAUAAACAGAAGCCUGAUCCAACCAUUGGAUUUUCAAUACGACGGAAGAGUAUAUUCAUGCCGUGUGCAUGAUCUGAUUCUCGACCUAAUUGUGUCCAAGGCGGUUGAAGAUAAUUUUGUUACUGUAGUUACUGACAAAAGACAAAUACUGCAUCAUCAAGGAAAAGUUCACCGGCUCUCACUCGACUGCGCUAGUGUAGAGAAUAUGUUAUCACAUUCCAUGUCUUCUGCUCAUGUUCGGUCCCUGAACAUAUUCAAGUAUUCUGAACUAAUGCCUCCUCUUUCCAACUUCCAGACCCUGAGAGUGCUAGAUCUAGAUGGCAAUGAGAAUUUGGAAAGCUUCUAUCUUGAAGAUAUAAGCAACUUGUUUCACUUGAGAUACUUACGGAUUAGAGCAAGUAACAUUACACUUCCAGAACAAAUAGGAGAGCUGCAGUCCUUGAUGAUAUUGGAUCUUCUCAACUGUUCUGAUACAGCCGAAUUGCCUUCAAGUAUUGUUAAACUUUGGAAACUGAAAUGGUUAAUUGCUCAUCGUGUCAAAUUGCCCAAUGGAAUUGGCAACAUGCAAGCUCUAGAGUUUAUGUCACUUGUAGUUGUGGACUUCACUACCCCAGUAGCCGUGUUACAGGAACUGGCAAAUUUGACCAAAUUGAGAACCCUUGGAUUGGAUUGGCGCAUCAGUAAUACGCGCAAGGAUAAAAUGGCAUAUGCAGAUAAUUUUCUUUCCUCACUUGUCAAACUAGGUACUUCCAACCUUCGAUAUUUAACGCUCAUCAGUCCAUGGUCACUCGACUUCUUGCUGGAUUCCUGGUCCCCUCCUCCACACCACCUUCGGGAAUUAGCAAUCAAAGGUUGGUGUCUUAAAAAGAUUCCAAUGUGGAUGGCAUCACUGGCUAACCUCACCUACCUGGACAUCGAAGUUAAAGUGAUACAGGAAACCCUUCAGGUGCUUGCGAACUUCCCUGUCUUACAAUUUCUUAAGUUGUACUCAAAUGCAGCAGACCCUGAAGAAAGAUGUCUUGUUGUCAAUAACAACGGGUUCCGAUGUCUGAGGAAACUGAACUUCGUCCAUUGGACGAAUCUGAUGUUCUCCGAAGGAGCGACACCAAUGCUCGGAACUCUUGAAUUUCAGAUAAUUGUACAUGAAGUGAAAACUGCAUGUGGAUCUAGUUCUCCUGAUCUUGGCAUAUUCCACCUCUCCGCUCUCAAGAACCUUGUUGUUAACAUCUAUUGUGAGUGUGCAAGGGUCGAAGAGGUUGAGGCAUUAGAGGCUGCUAUUAAGUUUUCUGCUAGUAUGCUUCCCAACAAUCCAACACCCAGAUUCCAUAGAUUUCGUGAAUCAGAGAUGGUAAUGGAUGAUGCGGGAUAAUAAGAAACUUCACCCAACCUUGCCUGCAUCCAGACCUUACGGUAUUGACGGUUGAUUGCUUAAAGUCAAAAUUUCUGCUCAUUUCGGUUUCGAUUUGGCUGCAGAAACUGGACUCCCUAUUGUGAUUUUGGAUCAUUCCAGACAAUGCAAACAUUUUCAUUACGAGCUAAAUUAUAGCUAUGGCUUGCAGCUGUUACUUUAGUGCCUUCGUUUGGUGUUUUUCUUGGUGAAGCAAUGACUUGAUGUAUCCAACUUCCAAGGUGCCAAUGGAUCUGUCUUUGCCGACAACUGUCUAUAGCUUGUAGACUGUUGUAACUGAUGGAUUUGUUUUUACCAGCUAAUUUCCAGGACACUUGUGUGGUACUGUACUUGGUACAAAAGUGCAUGGUUUUUCUUGUUCGCGGGUCCUAAAGGAGAGUACUGAUUAAGGACUUGUUAUAGAUAAUUUGCUUACAUUACACGAAGUCAUAUUUUAGGACUUGGAUACAUCGUUUAUCGAGUAUGGUUAGGUUUUCUCACAUUUCAUUUUCCUUUAAUUAUAGGAAAGCACCAGUGUAGUUUGUACUGAGUUUCAGAAAAAGCUUACUGUUAUCGUUUUAUAUA